UCUCUAUGUACUUUGGCGCCUGCGUGUUUUUCCACAGAAGGUGGCCCGCCAUAUUGCUUUGGUAUCGCCCUUAUGUGGAUGAGUCCGAGCACAUAGUGUUGUGGCUGCUCCGCGAAUCUCUGUGUGUGGUGUGUGUGGUCACCAGGGACGUGCGGAUCAAGUGGAAGUGCAUCCAGGGGCAGUGGAAAAGUGCUGGGAAAAUUGUGUUCAGACGGUGCUACGGGCGCCAGGGAAGAGCUGAGUCUUGGGGUAGUGCUUUGGACCACAGAGGCCAGGGAAAUUCACCUCGCCCUCGGCUGGAAUCAAUCAAAUUUUGACCUACAACAUUUCAUCCUAUCCAGGGCUUCCUCAGAGGCUCUUACAGCAAUCCCUCCUCCCCUGAAAAAAAAAAGUGUGAAAAUUUGGGUCACAUUCUCUGGCUCGUUUCUUUUUUUUUUUCUUCUUCUCACUGAUCCUCUCCAGUGCGUGAAAAGUCGUGAGCGUGUUGGUGAGAAAAUUUUCCUUCCCGGACUAUUUCUCUCAGCUCUCUCGCUCUCAGCUGGUUCUUCGUUUUUUUUUUUUGUGGUGGGCAGACACACAUCGCAGAGGCUAAAUUCCCGUGGAGACAUUUCCUGGCCACUCAGGAAAGCCCAUUCCUCCUGCGAUUGAAUUCCCAGUUUGUGAUGGAAAUCCCACUAUAGAGUGAUGUGUUCAGUGAAGUGCCAGUGAUUCCAGGGGCCAUAGCCCAAUCCGGAAACAGAGACUCCAGUGGGGGCAGGUUGUUUUUCCAAAAGUGCAAGAGUGUUGGUGGUGAAAACAGAGAAUCUUGAGAAUUGUGGAGUGUUCCAGGGCGGCUGAGGAGGCAAAGACAGUGAGGGCAUGGCGUUUGAGGUCCAUCACUGGAAGGCGACAGAGACGCCAAUCGUGAAAAGACUGGAUUUGUAAAAGGAGUUCCUACCUCGACGUACAACUUCUUUUCAUGUCCUGCAGCGUUUCGGAGCUGCCAGUGGGGUGUCGACUCCGUGGCAUGGGCUCUGCAGCAACACAAGGAGGAGGAGCUCCACUAAAUUCCACACUGAGUGGGCCCCAGGAGGCACCAAAUGUGGGUCCAUUGCGGCGACAACCGUCACAGAAACCGUGCUGUUUCUGCUGGUGCUGCUGCUGUUCCUGCUCCUGGGCCAAGUGUUUGGCAAUUAAAAAUGCUGAAGACAAUGGACCUACGAAGAAAGAUCCAGCCGGUUCAGAUCUACUAUGUGAUGGUGAACAGCCAACCCUCGAGGAAAUAAGAAGUUGGGGUAAAAGCUUUGAUAAAUUAAUGAGGAGUCCCGGUGGGCGAAAAGUGUUUCGUGAUUUUCUCCGAUGUGAAUAUAGCGAAGAAAAUAUCCUUUUCUGGCUCGCAUGCGAAGAGUUGAAGAAGGAAACUAAUCCAGAAGCCAUCGAAGAAAAGGCUAGAUUCAUAUAUGAAGACUAUAUUUCAAUUUUGUCUCCAAAAGAGGUGUCUUUAGAUUCUCGAGUACGUGAAAUAGUUAAUAGAAAUAUGGUGGAACCCACGCCUCACACUUUCGAUGAAGCUCAACUACAAAUUUACACUUUAAUGCACCGAGAUUCGUAUCCCAGAUUUAUAAAUUCACCUCUGUUCAAAACAUUAGCGCAACUUCCCGAAGGUGUUUCUGCGUCAGGAUCACAGACCGAGAGUCCCACUUAAGUUCCUGAAGGAAUCAAGUAAGAUCUAAUGAGGUAGUGGGAGUAAAUAAAUUAACUAGAGAUAAUAGCAAAAAUUAAAAUUAAAAAAAGAUACAUAAAAUUGCAAAGACGUGGAUGAAACAUCAUAGUGACAUAUUUUUUCGCGGAAUUUAUUUGAGGUUAUGUUUUUACUUUUCUUCCUGAUUCUUCGAUUAUUUUUUUGAUUUUAUUUUCUGAUGAACUUGGAGCUAGAGUUUCAUUGUGACCAUCAACUGUUUCAUUUAUACAGAAAUUUGCAAAGAAAAUAUUGGGUAGAAUUGAGUAUUUCACGGAGAUGAUCAAUUCUAACCUCAAAAAAAAAACACUAAAAUGCAUUUACACAAUUUUAUCGAGUAAAAUUUAAAAGCAAAUAAUGAAACAAUGACUUUUUAUAAUUAGUAUUUUAACGAUUACACAUGUGUAUAAAUCAUUAUUUUUAGUGAUAAUGUUGUUGAGGUAGGGAAAGUCAGUGAAAAAAAAAUAUAUAUAUAGGAAAGUGCGGAGUGGACGAAGGGAAGAAUGCAACAGGAUAGAUAUUCGGAAUAGAGUCGGAUAAAAAAAAGAAAUUGGUGAAAAUAUGGAAUCUCUUGAAUAAAAAAGCAUGAAAGAUAGUGAGGAUUCCCAUCAAUUUCAAUCUCGUUACAUUUAAAAUAGAUAAGAGCAAUAAAAGUAAUUAAUAGGACAGACAUAAAAAUACAACACGGAAAGGAACACUGAAGAGGUCAACAGACAAAAACAGGAAACAUCGUUCUAACAAAGUCUACACCGCAUAUGGGGUGAGUUCUCAAACAGAGUUUGUUUUCCUUUAGAGUUUUAACCUAAAAAGUGAAUCUAAUCUAAAAAGAAUUAUAAUUUAAAUUCCAAAAGUUAUAGUUUUAACCUAAAAAUUGAGGCUAAACUACAAAAAAAAAUCACUUGUAACCUUUAACAUUUGUCCUAUCAGAUACACAAUGCGAUCUUUUCUUCUAAAAUCUAAAUAUAACCUCAAAUUAAUCUUAACUACGAAAAACCAGACCUAACCUCCAAAUACUAUUUCUAGAUUUCAGAAAGAGAAUCAAUUGUGUACAAACCACAAAAACCCAAUUCUAACAACAAAACUACAAUAAUUUAAAUAUAAAGCACGCAGUCCUAACAUAUAAAAACGAAAUCCGGGUCCAAAAUAUCUAAAAAAAUAUUCUUAAAAUUUGAGAAGCACGGCAAUCAGUUUUAUCUUAGUCAAAAAUCAACCUAAAUAUCGUGUUUCGACCGCAUAAAACUUAAUUUUAUUCCCAAAAAUGUUUCUAACCUCAAAAUUAAAAAUAAAUUUCAAUAUUUCGAGUAGUAACUCAAAUGUACUGUGCUCUCCUAGAAUUUGAGCAUUCCAAAUUUUGUCCUAAACUUAAUCAAUUGGAUUUAAGUCACAAAAUACCGGAUUGUAACCUAGAAAAUCAAGUUCGUAUUUAAUUCCAAAAAAAUUUCUGGUGACAUAAAAGGGAUUCGAACCCGGGACACUUGCAUCAUACAGCGAGUGCUCUACCACUUGACUCAAUGAGUACCCAAAGCAGUCUUAACCUCCAUAAAAUAAAUUUUGGUAUUAAAACUGAAUCCCAACUCCCUAAAAUUGGAUCCUAUGCUAAAUUAGUUUUAGUUCCAUUCGCAAAAUCAUGAGUUAUAACCUCAAAAUAGUUAAGAAUUUCAUCCUAACUUCAAAAAAUCUAAACCUAACCUUAAAAUGGAGAGUAAAUCUCAUAACCAAAGUCUAUCAAUCCAAAAAGUACGCAAAUAACUCUUUAAAAAAACGAUUCUCUUGUUGAGAACGAACCCCAAAAAUACACUGAAACGUUAUAUUUUAAAUUUAAAUAAAUAAAAAAGAACAAGAAAGAAAUGCACAAAAUAUUAUACUUGUUAAUAGUGAACAUUAGUCCUUAAAUAAAAGAAAAAAAAAGAGAUAAAACAAGAGAAGGAAAAACUAUUUAAUAUUUUAGUUAGUCAACCGAAGUUUUUAUAAAGCUUAUGACUCUUUAAAGUUUAAAAAACUACCAUACACUAAGUUCAAUAUAUAAUAAAUUAAAUAAUUUUUAUACUGAAAAAAAUCAUGUGGUAAAAAAUAUUAUAGACGAGUGGAAGAGAAAGAUGGAAGAGUUAAAACAUUUUAAACUGUUAAGCUUUGUUUUAAAGAUGAUGAUAAAAUAACGACGGUAAGAGAAAUAUGAUUAAAACAAUAGUCAAAAUGAAUUUUAUUGAAAGAUUAAUGAUGGUAAAAAAUACAACGUACUCGAGUUAAAUAAGGAAAAAAUGCAACGUUAUUUAAAACAAAAAAAUGAAAGAAAUAUUUUUAAAAAAGGGCCUAUAAAUUCAACAAACUUUAAAGAAAAAAAAUCGAAUAAAAAUGAUAAUAACAAUUGGGUCUAUAUUUAAAUAAAUAUUUAUUGAUGAAAGGCAAUCGAGUUCUCUGAAUUUUUGACAUUUUUUAAAGAGUUUUUUAUGAUAAAUCUUCCUUCUGUUCCAUUUAUUUUUCUUCACAUUGUUAUAUUUAAAAAGAAAAAAAAAAUAUAUUAGAAAUUAUCAUGGGACAACCUUGUAAAAGGAUUUAGUCAGUGACCAGUGUAAUUGUAUUAUUAGAUUUGUGGAAAAAAAACGUAGAUUUUGGAAGCGAGAAGGCAAUUGAUAGUCUUCAUAAAGAAAACACCAAAAAAAAAUGAAAUUCCAUUAAAUAGUUGAAAUUUCCAAAGUUUUCUUCAUUAUUUCCCUUAUGCUAAUAUUGAAAAUUCUUUCUCAAUAAAAUUGAGAAAAUAAAAGCAUGAGAGAAAAUUAUGCAUUUAUUUACAAAUCUCUUUUUAGGGCAAUAUUGUUUCUUAAAAACAAAUACUUUGUUAUUUUGUUUUAUUUUAUUUUAUUUAAAUCAUCACUCAUAUUAAACUAGGUAAUAAUACUUAAAAAAAAAAGAAAGAAAAUCUACAGCAUACCAAAAAAUCAUCCCAAAGAUAGAGUUUUAUCUAAAAAAAAAGAAAGAAUAGUAAGAAAAAAAUGAUGGAAAAUAGAUUUAAAAAAAAUUAGACAAAUUCCUUUUUUCCCUGACAUAUGGAUCAAAGAAAGAAAACCAUUAGAAGAGAGAAAAAAAUAAAUUAAAAAAAACGUAAUAUAAUAAUGAUAAAAAUAUAAAAUGAUGAAAAUGCACCAAAAAUUAAAUUUAAACUUAUUGUAAAACUCUUAAGGAAUGAUGGAAAAUUGGGGUGGGUGAAAAAACACAAUUUUUAAAUAAUGACAUAGUAAACAAAUAAAAUAAUUUAAAAUACGCACUAAAGAAACAAUACACUAAACCAAAAUAGGUAUUCAAUGGGAUUUGUUCUUAUGGGCAGCGCACAGUUCUUUUUAAUUUGUUGAUCUGUCAAAAUUUGUUUGUUUUUGUAACAUCUAGUGACAGCAUCAGUCAAGCAAGAACCCUUCAAGAUUCUCCGUUGCGAUCAACUAGAUCAGGGGUGUGCAAGAACCGUUUGAAACCGAAUAAACGUCAAAAUAAAUUUGUUCAGUUAGCGUUUUGACCACUGACGUACAAGUUUCAUUUGACAUUUGUUCGGUUUCAAACGGUUCUUGCACACUUCUGAAGUAGAUACUAAAAUUGUUAAGAUUAAUCAAGCAAGGAUUCUUCAUAAUCCUACUCUCUUGUUGUCAAUCAAUCGUUACCUUAGUCCAACAUCAAUCAAAAAAUGAUAUUUCAAGUUUUACUCUUGGGGUAAGGCCAAACGUUAACGUAGUCCAGUAUUAGUCAAAUAAGGGUUCUUCAAGAUUCUCCGUUGCGAUCAACCAGACGUGAACGUAGCUAAGAUCAAUCAAGCAUGAAUUCUUCAUGAUUCUCCUUUGUUUUCAACCAGACGAUAACUUAGUUUUGGAUCCCUCAAGCAAAGGUAGUUCGGGAUUCCCUGUUGUGAUCAAGCAGACGCUAAAGAAGUUUAGCAUCUGUCAACCAAGAAUUCAAUUAAAUGCAAUUUAAAAGAAACUGACUGAUACUGGACUACAUUAACGGAUCCUUUAAGAUUCUUUGUUGUGGUCAACCACACCUUCACGUAAUUCUGCUUCAGCUAAGCAAGGAUAGUUUAAGAUUUCCUGUUGCGUCUUCUAUAGGCUUCUUGAUUCUCUAUUUUUGUCAACCGGUCGUUACAGCACCGUUACCGUCAACAUCAAUCAAGAAAGGAUUCUUCAAGUUUUUCAGCUUUGAACAAUUAGAAGUUAACACAGUUUAGGAUCAGUGAAUCAAGAAUCCUACAAAAUUCUCUGUUGCAAACCAAAUGUUAAAGUAGAUCCGCAUCAGUCAAAGAAGGGUUCUUCAAGAUUCCCUAUUGUUGUCAACUAAAUUUAUCCUCUGUAGAAUGCUGUUUUUAUCUGUUCUCGAUACAGAACAUUUGCAACAACGCUUAGACUUUUACCCUAAGACUGUCUUCAGACUAGAGUUUCAGCCCAGUUCACGCGGGUCUCAAAACCUUAAACAGCAUUCGAUUUUAUUGAUUUUUCAAAGUGUAAAAGGUAAUUUGCCCUUAAUAAUCCAAUCCUAAGUCAAAAUUAUCCAAAAAAUCUUGACUGAUAAGAUAUUGGAGAAGUUAAGCCAUAUGGCUAACCCUUAGGUCUGAAGCCCGUAUAAUUCUUACUCGGGUAUUGAUCGUUUGAGUCAGUAUCAUAGAUUUCUUGGUCAAGCUUUGUUCAAUACAUGAACGUUCACGAGGAAAUAGCUCUGAAUCCUGGGAUAACCAAUUAUCCACUCAUCUGGGUCCAGUAGACGGACCUCCUGUUCGUCCGGAUCCUGUCUUCUCGAUCAUACGAAGACUGACCCCUUGUCUAUGAACUUACUCUUUUUGAUCCCGUUCUAGAAAGGAAUAUAUUGAAAUAAUAAUAGAAGAACAAUACUCCGAAAUGCAUUUAGGACAAUUCCUGAUACAAAGGCGAAGAUAUCAAAAGUUUUAGACGGUCAGAAUUUAAGGUUAAGUUUGACAUAAAAAUCCGUAACUUUGACAGAAAAAAACAUUAACGAAUUCGACUUUAGGAAACUAUCCCACUGAAUACAUAUUUUCAAGAAAAGGCAAAGAAAGAAGUAAUCGAAAAGCAUUGUGUUGUUUACGAAUUAACCAAAAGAUAAGACGAGAUGUCACGGUGUCGAUCAACAAUUCAAUUCGUAGAGAAUUGUUAAGAGACAUUCGAAAAGUUAAAAACUUAAAAAAAAUCAUCUCACCUAAAAAGAAUCAGAAAAAUAGAACACUUUAGGAAAUAAGGAUUAAAAUGAAGAAAAAAAAACAUGAAAUAAUGAAAAGAAAUAAAGGUAAAAAACCGUUGUAUAAUUAAAUGUGACGUGUGAAUAUAUAAUUAAAAUGUGUAAAAUAAUUAAAGAUGAAAAAAAAACAAAUUCGGAUUAAAGAUAUAAACUUUUCGGUUUAAAAACACUUCCUAUCGAUCUUUCUUUGAGCAUCACGUUUAGAGACAUAAAAAUCUCCUCGCUUCGAACACCCCAAAGAACAACAAUUAAGAAAGUUCAACAUUCUAGCAAACUAGUUGAAGUUUUGAGCACCAAAACAAACACCCAAAAAUAUCCUUUUUUCGUUUGAAGAAAUAAAAAUCAUCACAGAGUAAAAAUUAAUCCCACCUUGUCGCAAAAAAAAAUAAUAAAACUAAUCUAAAGUGUGUAUAAAAAUAGCCAUUAAAAAUAAAAUCAUUGAAAUCAGUACCAAACAGUAUAAACUAUCACCCCACAAUAAGUUUCAGCGAAACAGGAAAGAAAAUAAUAGUUAAACAAGAAAAAUCAAUGCAGAAUAAAUUCUCAAUAUACCGUCUCAUUAAUUUUCUAAGAAAAGAAACAAAGAAUAAUGUGAAGUACAGUAGUAAGACAAGAAAUAUAGUAAAAUACAGAAAAUAUCAGAUGGAUAUAAUCAAGAAUUUCAGUGAAAUUAUUUUGAGAGGAAGUACCAAAAAAGAAAGAAAAAACAAAACUGACGGACAUGUGGAACUAGAAAAUCAUGUCUGUGGAACAAAAUACAUGUCUGAACGCAUAAUUUACUUAGCAAUGUAAAACAUUACAAAAGAAAAAAAUCAGAUAAACUUUUUUUUUCCUAGGAUGAUACAAAUAAAUUUUAACAUCUUUUGGGAGUAUAAAAAAAUGUGAGAAAAAUUUCUACUAAACUUUAUAAAAAAAAUUACUUAGGCACCGAAUGGUAAACAACAAGAUAAAAAUUUUAGAGUAAAAAAAAUAUGAAAUACAAAUUAAUUAAUUCUACGAAUAUGAUUAACAAAUAAAUUGCCAUUUAUUAUACAAAAAGAAAAUCUUUUAACU